AUGAACUCUGGGCAGGAAAAUCAGUCCUUUGAAGCUAGUGGUGCCAAAGUUCCUGAAGUACUCUCCUCCUUGGAGCGUUUGUCCCAAGCCACUGGAGGCAUGGAGAAGUCCUGGUAUCGCUGUAUCUUUCCGUUUGGAAUCAUUUCUUUGGUAAUCGGAGUUGCAGGAACAGGGGUGACCUACACUUACAAUGACCUGCCACAGACUAAAGUUGUAUCUGUGGUGUUACUUGUCAUGGGCAUUGUGCUGCUGUUGAUGGCGACUGCCUGCUGGACUCUCCACAAGAAGAAGAGAAGAAGAAAAAAGAAGGAGGGCGAGUCGCUGACAUCUGAGCAGUGUCCCCUGUGA